AACUCAAUAGGAAUUAGAACUAAUAGUAAGCUUGUAGAGCCCCAAAGCCAUGACGAGUCCAAAGAUUACAGCCAUGUUCUUCAUCAUCCUGAUUUUCAUGUUGAACGUGUUGCCACCAAUACAAGCUUGUACUCCAUCAUGUUCACAGCCACACCCACCUUCCCAUCAUCCAAAAAACCCUCACCCAAAACCACCAACUACAAAACACCCACCACAACAUGGAUCGGGACACCCGAAAAACCCUCCUGUAGUUGUUUUACCCCCAAUAGUUACACCACCUUCUACUCCCUACCCACCUUACACUGGUAAUCCUCCUUCUGGAGGAGGUGGUGGCGGUGGAGGUGGUGGCGGCGGCGGCGGCGGUGUUCCUGGUUUCAAUCCUCCACCUUCUACACAAUCAACUUGUCCCAUCAAUGCACUUAAACUAGGGCUUUGUGUAGAUGUGCUUGGUGGUUUGGUGCAUAUUGGAUUAGGCGACCCAGUUGAGAAUGUUUGCUGUCCGGUGCUUAAAGGUCUGCUAGAGCUUGAGGCGGCUAUUUGUCUUUGCACUACGAUAAGGCUUAAGCUUCUCAACCUCAACAUUUUUAUUCCUCUUGCUCUUCAAGUUCUAAUUACCUGUGGCAUAACUCCUCCCCCUGGUUUUGUGUGUCCUCCUCUCUAAGUGUUUUUUCAUUUUCAAUCUGGGUACGAGAUUACUAUGAGGUUAACUAAGGCUAGCUGUUUGUUUUAAACAAUGUUUUUUUUUUUUUUUGGGCGUGGUAUAUUGUGUGACUUGAACUAGCUGCUAGUGUCGGAGAUAUUCUUAGUCUCUUGAGUUAAUGCCUCAUUCAAUAAUUGAUUAUGGUGGUGUUGGCAUGGGAUAGGAAGGAAAGGUGUAACCUGUGUUGCUUUAGAGGAUGGCGAUCCAUUAAGUGAAUUUGAAAAGAGCAUAGUUGUAGAGCCAUCAAGGGAUCGAACUGCAUGCCGUCUUAGAAUUCUCGGAUGUUCUAAAUUUUGGGAGUUGAUGUUCAUUAUUUGUUUUUCUUCUUUUUGAUGGAUAGGACUCUGUAUACUUCCUGUAUACUUAGGGUUGAUCCUUUUCUAAGCUUUAUAAAAUCCAAGUCAUAAAAAAUUUCACGUGUGAUGAGUUUAUUUUUA